AUGGCCACCCGGCGUUUAACAGACGCGUUCUUGUUGUUGCGGAACAACGCGAUUCAAAACCGGCAGCUGCUGGCCGAGCAAGUGAGUAGUUACAGCUCCUCCAGCCCUCUGAAUUCACGUAGCAUGGCUGCUGCGGAGCUGGAUGAGCUUGCUGAUGAUCGCAUGGCACUAGUAUCAGGGAUCAGUUUAGAUCCCGAAGCAGCAGUUUAUGUAACAAAGCGGCUACCUCCCAAAUGGGUUGAUGGAGUGGGAGAAAUUCAGGAUGAUAUCUGCAGGAUUAAACAGAAGAUGAAAGAAUUAGCCAGUCUUCACGACAAAUAUUUAAACAGACCUACUUUGGAUGAUAGCAGCGAAGAAGAACAUGCAAUAGAAAUUACUACCCAAGAGAUCACACAGCUAUUUCACAGAUGCCAGAGAGCAGUCCAGGCCUUGCAGAGCAGGUCACGUAAUUGUACAGAACAAGAAGAACGUGUUCUCAGAAACAUAGUGUCUUGCUUAGCACAGUCACUUCAGGACCUAUCCACCAACUUUAGGCAUGCACAGUCUGACUAUCUCAAACGCAUGAAGAAUCGAGAAGAAAGAUCCAAGCAUUUCUUCGAUACGUCAGUCCCGCUUAUGGAUGAUGGAGAGGACAGUACUCUUUAUGAUAGGGGUUUUACGGAUGACCAGUUAGUAUUGGUGGAACAAAACUCAUUAAUGGUGGAAGAGCGGGAACGAGAAAUCCGCCAGAUUGUACAAUCGAUCUCUGAUCUCAAUGAAAUAUUUAGGGACCUUGGAUCAAUGAUAGUGGAACAGGGUACAGUUCUGGACAGAAUUGACUACAAUGUUGAGCAGUCGUGUGUAAAAACCGAAGAGGGAUUGAAACAGUUACAUAAGGCUGAGCAAUAUCAGAAGAAGAAUCGGAAGAUGCUUGUCAUUUUAAUUUUAUUUGUAAUAGUAAUUGUACUUAUUGUUGUUCUUGUUGGUGUAAAGUCACAUUAGGUAACAGUUCUAUGAUUUUCUUAUUUUUGUGUGUAUGUAAUUAUUUUUCCUAAUCUGAAUGGAUGGACCUGCACUCCUGAAAGUCGCCUUUGAAUGUAUAAGCCCUAGUGGUACAAAUUCUGUGCAAUGUUUCAGUAGAACUCUUCAUAAUACAUGCUUCGGUGAUACCAGAGGUGUUUGUAAAACUUGUACAGAAAAUGUCAGGACACUUGAUAAUGCUACCAAAUUGGUCAUCCAGUUCUUUAUCCAAACAUAUUUGGAAUAUUGUGCAGUAUUUAAAAAAAAUUAUGGAAAAUAAGAGUAGACGUUUACAAGAAAGUACAAUAAUUAGUAUUUCACUGUAUGCAAAAAAGUGUACUGUUCUUUGUAGUCUUAUGUUGCAAUUUUGUAAACUAUAAAGGUUUUUAUGGGA